UUUGCACGUCAUUCCAAAAACGUUGUGAAAACGAUCAUUCCUGGGUUCUCGAAUGAGAUGACCAUUCUCCCUGUUGGGCCAUUCUUCCUGUCUGGCAAUCUGUAGCAGCAGGUCACGACGUAUUUGGCUGCUGGGAUCUCACCGUAACAGCCAAUCUUCUGGCUCAACGCUGCCGGCAGGGAACAGCCUCAGGUUGCAUCCUCCACUCUCUAGCUAGCAGAGCCAGAGGCUCCUCAAAGGCCUCUGAGCUCUGGAUUGCUCCCGGCUCGAAGCUAUUGUUUGUCGCAAGUUGAACCUUGUCAGGGGUACUGUAUGUCAUACAGGUGAGAACCUUUUCAGUGUUAAUCGAGCAAGUGAGGGUCAAGAAAUGUUUAUGACUGGAAUGAUUGAAUCCAAACGGGGCUGAAAUUAAUUGUGGCAACGUACUACAACUGCCGUGUCAUUGCUUUCAAGUUUGUGAUUGGCUUGUUGUGCGAGAGAUCUGAGAAAGGAAGACGCAAUGAUGGAGGCAAUUUCGUCGGCACUUAGUUUCCCCGGAGGGUGAAUACAAGUGUCAACAAGAUACCGAGGACUGACGUUUGUUGUAUCCAAAAACAUAAAACGAUCCCACUGCUCUGAGCAUCUCGAGGAGUUUUGGAAUUUCACCUCGCACAAUCUUGUGUUUCUUGGGUUCCACCGCAUCGCCCCUGUAGAAUACCUUUACUAAUAUUGAGCAAUAAAUAACCAUGAAGUUCGUUGGACCCUUUGCAGCCCUUAUGUUGGCUGUGGCCCCUGCCACUAGUUUUACCGGCGUUUCCCAAAGGCCCAAGACCAUCACUGCUUUGAACCAGUACUCUGGUAUGGACGCCUACGAUGCCCAAAUGAAGGCUUUGGCGGCAGGUCAGCCCAUUUCGGUAGGCGGCAACACUGCCACUGCUCCUCCACCGCCGGCAGCACCGUCUUCUGAUAAGGUAUCUCAGCGAUGGAGAAAAAAGACGAAGCAGUUGGCCACAUUGGGGCCUGCUUCUGAUACCUUUGAAAUGAUUGAGAAACUAUUUUUGGCGGGUGCCGAUGUGUUCCGUCUCAACUUUAGCCAUGGAGAACAUGCCCAAAAGGGAGAACUUGUUGAUAUUAUCAGAGCCGUUGAAGCCAAAUAUGACCAUCCUAUUGCAAUUUUGGGAGACUUGCAAGGACCCAAACUUCGAGUGGGAACGUUUGCCAACCCUGACGGUGAAACGUUGAUGGCUGGACAAGUCUUUCGAUUUGACCUUGACCCUACCCCGGGUAACAACCAGCGUGUCAUGCUCCCGCACCCGGAGAUUAUUGAAGCAUCUGAAGUUGGACAUUAUCUAUUGAUUGAUGAUGGAAAAGUCAAGGUCAGGGUGAUUGGAACAGGCCCAGGAUACCUGGACUGCGAGGUGGAAGUACAAGGCAAGAUUAAGGACAAAAAGGGUGUGAAUACCCCUGACUCGAUUCUUGAAAUUAGUUGUUUGACACCCAAGGAUCGGGCUGAUCUGGAUUACAUGCUGAACCUGGGAGGAAUUGAUUGGAUCGCCUUGUCCUUUGUCCAACGCCCCGAGGAUAUCGUGGAGAUUCGACGAUUGAUUAUGGAUCACAACCCAGCAGCCAGCGUCACCCCCCAUGUCAUGGCCAAAAUCGAAAAACCCAGUUGCUUUGAAGAUGACUCAUUGAGCAGGAUUGUCGAACUCUGCGAUGGAAUCAUGGUUGCCCGUGGAGACCUUGGAGUCGAAUGCGCACCGGAGGACGUUCCCAUUCUUCAGAAACAAAUCAUCGACGAAUGCCGUGAUCAGGGAAAGCCCGUUGUGGUUGCUACCCAAAUGCUGGAGUCCAUGAUUGAGUCGCCUACACCAACCCGUGCCGAAACCAGUGAUGCGGCCACUGCCAUUUAUGAUGGAGCUGAUGCCAUCAUGUUGAGUGCUGAGAGUGCAGCUGGAAUGUAUCCCGAAGAGUCCGUCCAGAUGCAGCAACGAAUCAUCAACCGCGUGGAAGGAGACCCUCACUACCAACAAUACCUUCAGUCCUACGAGCCCCGACACGACAAUUCCGCCGCCGCAUCAAUCAUCAUGGCAGCCAGGGGUAUUGCCCGGAAUGUUGGGGCGAAGGCCAUUGUCACCUUCACCGUUGGAGGGACCACAGCCCAGCGAGCUUCCAAGAAGCGUCCUGAUGUCCCCAUUCUUGCAAUUUCUCCCCUGAAGGAAACAUCUCGCCAACUUGCUCUUGCCUGGGGUGUUUACCCAGAGAUUUCGAUGGAGGGAGAGUAUGACACUGACAAUUUCCGAGAUAUGCUGGGCUAUGCAUGCGAGGUUGCCCUCCGAAAGGGCCUCGUGUCCGACCCCAAGGAUCUUCUUAUUGUCACAGCUGGGUUCCCCUUUGGCACUCCGGGUGCUGCCAACAUCAUUCGUGUGAUUCCUGCUGCUGGCCCGAGUUUUUGGGAUUCAUCGCUCUAAUAUGGUGAUCAUAUCUUUCUGUUUCCGCAUUCACCCAUCAAUUUGGAGUCAAAUCCUAACUACUCUAGAUAGCUAGAUGAUGAAAACGCCUCCUAUAAAACCUCCGGAGGUCAAUGUCUGU